UUGACACUUCACAUGUUUAGCCAUCGACUCUGGCUUGAAUGGCAGACAGUGACACUUACGUGCACUUCAAGGCAGCAACAUGUGGCACAUGCGUUGGCCACCAAUUGCGACGCCGUGCAAAGCAGAAGGAGGAAGUUGACCGGACAACGUCUGCGUUCCAAGCUUGCAUUGGCCGCUGCUCUGGCAGUGCCGGCUCGACGGAGAAGGGACGAAGGACAUGUGUGGCAAGCAGCCACUGGCCAGGACACGAAAACUGCAGUGGCUCUUGAAACACUUGAUGAGAAGAUCAGUGAGCUGAGAUUCGGUGCAAUGGAUCCGUUUAUGAUGAAUUGGAUAGGCGCUAAACUACGAUCGAGUUUCCCUGAAGUACAUUUUUCUGGAGUGCUGUUGACAUCUGAGGCUGGAAGCUGUGGCCCUGACCAGCUGACGUUCCUUCAAGAGCUUCUCAAUGGCGAGGAGGUCGACUUUGUGGUCCUCCCAGCCAAAGAUGUUGCUCUGUCUCUGCCCAGUGACCUCACUGCUGCAGCAAUACUCAGAGAGGAUGCCCGGGAUGCUUUGGUGGUGAGACCAGGCAUUUCACCUGUCGCAUCCCUUUCAGACUUGCCUCCAGGAAGCACAGUUUGUGUGUCCUGUGCCCGGCGUAGUCUGCAUAUAUCCACAAGGUUUCCUUCGCUGAAGGUUGAAGAGUGUACUGCAUCUUCACAGUCCAAGCUUCGCCGCUUGUACAGUCAAGAUUAUGACGCAGUAAUUGGCGCUGUAGCUGGCUUGCAGAGGACAGGCCUAAAAGAGGCUUUACCUCUCGACGUGGGUGAAGUCAUGCCAGCUCUUUGUCAAGGCGCUGUAACUAUGCUGUGCCGAAGCAAAGAUGAGGACAUGGUUUCACUGUUGGCCAACUGCGACGACAGAUCAGCCAGAGUCUGUGUGGCUGCAGAACGUGAUCUUUUGAGACAACUUGGCAGGUUGCCGCAGGGGACUGCUGUAGGAGGUUUGGCUCAACUUCUUGGGCCUGACCAGCAUUUGCUGCUACGAAGUGCAAUGGUCUUUUCAGAUGCAGAUCCACAGUCACCUCCGCGAAUGUUCGAGGUUGAAAUGGAGGGCCCUGGCGAAGAUUGGCAGGACAUGGCGCAGAGAAUGGCCAAAGCACUUCUGGCCGAUCUCAAUGCCUCCGUUGACUUUCCUCUCGACGACCGACACGAAGCUCAAGGCAGAAUCAAAAGUACCGCAGUGACGGAUGACGCGGAGGAGGAGGAGGAAGCAGCUGACUACAGUGCUGUGAACGGUCAGGAGGCCUUGCCUUCCCGUGGCCCAGCACGCCUUGCAGUGAGCGAGAUUGAUGGAACUGGAAGAACACCAUACGUGGGUCAUGUUUGCGGGAUGUUGUCCAAAGGCCGAGGACUAUUGGUUGACAUCAAUUGCGAAGUCCCUGCGUUUUGGUAUCCGGAACACGUGUCCUCCUCCUCUUCUACACCCCCUUCGCUUUCUCAAGACCAAGAGGAGCUGGGGCCUCUUGCUAGUGAUGUCGAGGUAUUAUACUACACCCUCGGUUUGCUCAGCUUGCAUAACGCAGAAGAGGUAUACUGCUGUGCAAAGCAUGCAUGUUAUCUUCGUGUGGUGUCAGAGCCUCCUGUUCGGUUGAAAGUCCGUCGCGGCAUUCCACGUCUGAAGCUUGACGAGUUGAGACCAGGGCAGGGACCAUGGCGCGCAGUUGUGAUCUCCUCUGGUUAUGAUGGCACGUUGGUGGACUUCAAUUGUGAGCUCCCCGGUCUACUCAAAUCGGACCGACGUCACAUACGAGGAGAAGAAGUUCGAGUGUACUGCUUCCGGGUGGACAAGAGAACGCAGACCUGUGUGGUCAGCACAGCAAAGGAACCUGCGAAGGUUGAUGAAAGAAGGAAGUUGAGUGACUUGGCACUGGACGACAACUCCGUGGCUGUACGUGGAACUGUCUUAAAUGUGACCGGGAAUGGUGUCUUCGUGGAUGUGAACUGUGAGGUCAGAGGAUAUCUAUCCCCAAUGGACAUUGACCUGAACGCGUGCAACGUGUUGUCCAAAGGAUUUGAGGUCAUGGUGUACAUUAAGUCGGUGAAUUUCGAUAAGAGACAAGUGCGGUUGACAAUGUUUCGGCCGGGUGAACCUGUGAGGGUUCUUGGCGAGGUAAAGUGGGGAUGAUGUGGGCAGAGGGAAUGCUCCAAAGCGGGGUUGCUGUGGGUGCCUGAACACAGCUCUAUUUUUGUUUUCCC